AUGUCACAUCAAGAAUUUAGAGCAAUUAAUUUUGGAGCAGGACCAGGAUGUAUACCAGAUUCAGUAUUAUUAGAAGCACAAAAAGAGUUGUUGAAUUUUCAAGGAUGUGGUAAAAGUAUAAUGGAGGUUUCUCAUCGUGGUAAAGAAUUUGAAAAAGUUAUCCAAGAAACUAAAUCAAAUUUAAUAAAAGUAUUAUCAAUUCCAGAUGAUUACGAUAUUUUAUUCCUUCAGGGUGGUGCAUCAUCAUUAUUUUCAGGUAUUCCAAUGAAUUUAUGUGAAUCACCAAAUGAUGUUGUCGAUUUCAUUGUUACUGGUGCUUGGUCUAAAGGUGCAUCUACAGAUGGUAAAUAUUUUUGUAAAGUUAACAAGGUUGCAGAUAUGGAACCAGAGAAAUUCCUCACUGUAACCGACCCAUCACAAUGGAAGUUUUCACCUGACUCUACCUAUAUUCAUUAUUGUGACAACGAGACUGUUCAUGGUGUCGAAAUGCCACCAUCAACUCCAGAUCAUUUCCCAGAAGGCAGAAUUGUAGUAUGUGAUAUGUCUUCCAAUUUCCUUUCAAAACCAGUCAAUGUAUCAAAGUAUGAUUUAAUCUUUGCUGGUGCUCAAAAGAAUGCUGGUAUUUCUGGUAUCACUAUUGUUAUCAUUAAGAAAUCUUUAUUAACAAAAACUAAACCAAGUGUUCCAUCUGUUUUUAAUUUCUUAAAAAAAAGUCAAAAUAAUUCACUUGAUAAUACUCCACCAACUUUCAACAUUUAUAUUACAGGUUUAGUAUUAAAAUGGAUCAUUAAAGAAGGUGGUUUAGAGGAAAUGGAAAGACGUAGUAUCGAGAAAUCAUCCAAUUUAUAUAAAUUUAUCGAUGGUUCAAAUGGAUUUUAUAGAUGUGGUAUUGAUGCAAAAUACAGAUCUAGAAUGAAUGUAGUUUUUAGAAUUCAAGAUGGUAAUGAACAAUUAGAAGAAAAGUUUGUUAAAGAAGCAUCAAAACACAAUAUAACCGAUAUUAAAGGUCAUAGAUCUGUUGGUGGUUUAAGAGUUUCUUUAUACAAUGCCAUAACUGUCGAUCAAACUAAAAAAUUAAUUGAAUUUAUGACAAGUUUUAUGAAUGAAAAUAAACAAUAG